AGGCGAGACGCGUCCUUCUUGUUAAAACACCAGUUUUCAUGUGAAGUAAAGGCGCAGAGAAGCUCUACGGGGCGCACACCGAGCCUCAGCGGAAACCAAAGCCGGGGGGGGAAGCGACCUCUGCGGCUAAUACUCGUUCCAGGAGGAGCCGCCGACAUCCACGGUACCGUGAGGUUUACAAAAGCUAACAUUGAAUAGACAGUGUGAUUCAUCUGCCUGCCUGUCUAUCAUCUGUCCACCAACACAUGGCUGACUCUGAGGACCCACUUUAACACUAACGCACACACACCCACAUAAAGAAGGAAGGCUUGGAGAGGGACGUCCAGGUUCAACCUUCAUGAAUUCAUCACACAGCUCAGAACCGAGCGCUGCCUCUCGUCUUGGCAUGCUGUUGCAUCCCACCGUGUCAGGAUUGUGCGCCAUGUUGCAGACCAUCUAUGAGACUGAGUCCUGUUUUUCUUCCGCCAGCACAGACAGCCACCAGCCUCUGGAGCUCCUGAGCAGCGGCAACAGGAGCUCCGGCAGCGCCAUGCCCACCGCCGUAGUGGAGGUGAAGAGCAGCCUCCCAUCAGGCAUGCAGAGCCCAGUAGGAACAGCAAGUGAGCAAAGAGGAGGAGGUGGAGAAGGUGGUGGGGGUCCAGGAGAAGGCCCUGGAGGAGGAGGAGGCCCAGUGGACCUCCGGACAGAGUCCAGGGUGGGGUCUCUUUCUGGGGGUGCGUCAGGGGUGGACACGGCCCUGAGAGAGCAGCAGCUCCAGCAGGAACUUGUGCUCCUGAAACAGCAGCAGGAACUCCAGAAACAGCUUCUUUUCGCAGAGUUCCAGAAAAAACACGAAGUACUAACACGACAACAUGAAGUCCAGCUUCAGGAGCACCUGAAGGUAUUGAGUCAGCAACAACAGGAGCUGCUGGCAGCAAAGCGGCAGCAGGAGCUCGAACAGAAGAGGAAACUGGAGCAACAAAGGCACGAAGAACAGGAGAAACAGCGACUGGAGCAACAGCUGCUGCUGCUAAGGAACAAGGAGAAAGGCAAAGAGAGUGCCAUUGCCAGUACAGAGGUGAAGCUGAAGCUGCAGGAGUUCCUUCUCAGUAAGAAAGAGCCGGGUACCUGCGGACUGAACCAUUCCUUCUCCCCAAAGUGCUGGGGAGCCCAGCACACCUCAGCAGAUCAGAGCUCUCCUCCGCAGAGUAACACCCCAGGAACACCUCCCUCCUACAAACUGCCCCCGCUGCUGGGGAACUACGAAGGCAAAGACGACUUCCCGCUCCGCAAGACGGUCUCUGAGCCCAAUCUGAAAGUGCGUUCACGGUUGAAGCAGAAGGUGGCAGAGAGGCGGAGCUCUCCACUCCUCCGAAGGAAGGAUGGCACCGUCAUCAGCACCUUUAAGAAGAGAGCCAUAGAGAUAUCAGUCUCCUCUCUCUGUAAUAGCGCUCCAGGUUCAGGUCCCAGCAGUCCCAACAGCUCCAAUUCGGCCAUUGCCAACGGCAACACGGGAUCAGUCCCCAACAUACAGACAGAGCUCCGAUCUCUCCAUCAGACACUGGGGGCUGAUGGGACAUUGAGUCCGUUGAGUCUCUACACUUCGCCGUCCUUGCCAAAUAUCUCCCUGGGCCUCCCUGCCAACACACACAUCACACCCACCCAGAAGCUGUCCAACCAGCAAGAGGCCGAGCGACAAGCCAUCCAAUCACUGCGAGGAGGUGGGGCUUUAACAGGGAAGUUUCUCUCCACAUCCUCAUUACCUGCAGGUGUGGGGCAUGAUGUGGAAACCCCGCCUCCCAGCUCUCACUCCGCCCAUUCCUCGUUAUUGCAGCACGUACUACUGCUGGAGCAGGCCAGACAACAGACUGCUAUGCUAGCUGUCCCCAUGUACAGCCAGUCGCCGCUGGUUACGGCAGAGCGAGGCGUGUCCGGUGGCAUGCGGGCCGUCAACAAGCUGCCUCGCCAUCGACCACUGGCUCGAACCCAGAGUGCACCUUUGCCCCAGUCCCCGCAGGCCCUGCAGCAGCUGGUGGUUCAGCAGCAACACCAGCACUUCCUGGAGAAACACUACAAGAUGCUAUCAAAGGGAACAGACCUCCCCAGGCCGCCACCCACUCACCCAGAGGAGACAGAGGAGGAGCUAACAGAGACCAAUGACAUGCAGGAGGACGACGAAGGGGCGGGAAUUCACAGGCUUCAGAAGGAGGGGUCUGACGACAGCACGCCCUCCUCUGAACGACUCGGUGUGCACAUGAAGGGUGACGAGGAACGCGGGGCCAUGCAAGUGAAAGGGGAGAGUACUGAGAGCGAGCUGGACGAAGAGGAAGAGGACGAUGAUGUCAUCCAACUGAGGGAGGAUGAUGACGAGAGGGGGAGCUACACGCAGGCCUUGCAGCAGCUGGGUGUGUUACAGUCGUCGUUGCCCCACAGACCUCUGGGAAGAGCGCAGUCCUCCCCUGCAGCCACCGUCAAUCCCAUCAAACACCUCUUCACCACCGGGCUCGUGUAUGACAGUCUGAUGUUGAAGCAUCAGUGUGUGUGUGGCAAUGCUCACAUCCACCCAGAGCAUGCUGGGAGAGUGCAGAGCAUCUGGUCCAGACUGCAGGAGACGGGCCUGCUGGGCCGCUGUGAGAGAAUUCGUGGGCGUAAAGCGUCUCUGGAUGAGAUCCAGUCUGUCCAUUCAGAGUUCCACACUCUGCUCUAUGGAACCAGUCCACUCAACAGACACAAACUGGACCACAAGAAGCUGCUGGGUCCAAUCAGCCAGAAGAUGUAUGCUGUUCUUCCCUGUGGAGGAAUAGGGGUGGACAGUGACACCGUGUGGAACGAGAUGCACUCGUCAGCGGCAGUGCGCAUGGCGGUCGGCUCGGUGAUUGAGCUAGCCUUCAGAGUGGCAGCGGGGGAGCUGAAGAACGGCUUUGCAGUGGUGCGUCCACCAGGUCACCAUGCUGAGGAAUCCACCGCUAUGGGGUUUUGUUUCUUCAACUCAGUCGCCAUCACUGCUAAACUUCUGCAGCAGAAACUGGGAGUGGGCAAGAUCCUCAUUGUGGAUUGGGACAUUCACCAUGGCAACGGCACCCAGCAGGCCUUCUACAGCGACCCCAACGUCCUCUACAUCUCCCUCCAUCGCUACGACGACGGGAACUUCUUUCCUGGCAGCGGAGCACCCGAGGAGGUGGGAUCGGGUGCAGGUGUUGGUUUUAAUGUUAACAUAGCGUGGACUGGAGGAGUGGAGCCCCCUAUGGGUGAUGUUGAGUACCUCACUGCCUUUAGGAGCGUGGUGAUGCCCAUCGCGCAGCAGUUCAGUCCAGACGUUGUUCUAGUGUCCGCAGGCUUCGACGCAGUAGAAGGUCAUCAGUCUCCUCUGGGAGGUUACAACGUCUCCGCCAAGUGUUUCGGUCAGCUGACGCAGCUGCUGAUGGGUCUGGCAGGUGGGCGGGUGGUUAUGGCGCUGGAGGGCGGUCACGAUCUCACCGCCAUCUGUGACGCAUCGGAGGCCUGCGUCUCGGCGCUACUAGGAGACCCGUGUGACUCUAUGUUUCAGUGGCCUCAGGAGAAGCCCUGUCCCAAAGCCUGCUCCUCACUGGAGAGAGUCAUAGAGAUCCAGAGUAAACACUGGUCGUGUCUCCAGACGAGCGGCCACUCGCUAUUGGACAGCCCCCUGGGUGCUCAGGGCCAAUCAGAGAAGGACGAGGCAGAAACGGUCAGCGCCAUGGCGUCCCUGAGCGUUGACGUCGAUCAGCCUGGCUCUGUCCCUGACAACACGGAAACCAGCAGGUCCACAGAGGAGCCAAUGGAAGAAGAGCCUAUACUGUAGGAGGAGCUCAAACAAGAAGCACACAAGAACUCCACAUUCACCUCCUUCUGGCACCUCCUCUUCCUCUUCCUUUUCCUCUUCCUCCGCGGAGUGUGCGUCGGGACACACACGCCACGCUCGCACACACACUCACGUUCACACAGGGUGGAAGCGAGGACUCCGAUUGGCUGAGGAGAACAUUCUAGAGGCAGGAGAAGGCGGGGGGGCCCAUGACGGCGUUUCUUUUUCUACCGGUUCAUCGGCCUCGAGGAGGAGCAGACGACUUGUUAGCAUCUCCGUGGCAACCAGAGGAGCAGGUGGUGGUGGUGGUGGUGGUGGGGGGGGAUCAGCAUGGAUACACCUCAAGUGAAACUAUAACUGUGGCUCGAGCCCGUCCUCUCUUUUCCUCUCUCGCACACAGCACCACUGAAUUGUUUCCGUCCACCCCCCUGCCCGUCAUCCUUCUGUCAUUUCAUUUUAUCUCCACUCCUCUGCCCCCCUC